CCCCGGCGCGAGUCCGGGCGCGGGUUUCUCCCACGCAGCCUCUCAUUCAAAAGAUGCCGAAGGGGCGGCGCGGCAGUCAGAGCCCCACGAUGAGCCAGCGGCCGGCUCCGCCCCUCUAUUUCCCUUCCCUCUACGACCGCGGCAUCUCCUCGUCCCCGCUCAGCGACUUUAACAUCUGGAAGAAGCUCUUCGUGCCGCUGAAGGCGGGCGGGGCGCCGGCCGGUGGGGUGGCUGGGGGCCGACCCCUGCCUCAGGGACCUCCGGCCCCGGCCCCUCCGCCGCCGCCUGGCCUCGGUCCCCCCAGCGAGCGCCCCUGCCCUCCGCCGUGGCCCUCCGGCCUGGCCUCCAUCCCCUACGAGCCACUGCGCUUCUUCUACUCGCCGCCGCCGGGCCCCGAGGGGGCUGCUUCACCCCUGGCCCCCGGCCCCGCCACCCCACGGCUUGCCUCCGCCUCCCACCCGGAGGAGUUGUGCGAGCUGGAGAUCCGAAUUAAGGAGCUGGAACUGCUCACCAUCACUGGGGAUGGCUUCGACUCCCAGCGCUAUAAAUUCCUGAAGGCGCUAAAAGAUGAGAAGUUACAAGGACUGAAGACCAGGCAACCUGGAAAGAAGUCGACCUCUCUGUCCUGAGCUGCUGCCCUCCAGAGCUGGGAAGCCGCCUCCAUAGGUGUUAGUGCUUAGAUAAUGUCUCCCAUUUGUUGUCAUUUCAAAGAUGGUUAUUUUCUGUUCUGUAUUUACUGCUGUUCUUGUUGCUCCCAGCACAUACUUCACAUACAAUACCCACUUGUGUGAUAAAUCUCA